UAUGACCUCCUCAUAUUGGUCGACGAUACGACGUCCAUGACGUCUUUCCUCCGUUCGCUCAACACAUCACUCCCUCAAAUCAUAUCAAUAUCCGCUUUGACCGGCUACUUCGAUCGAGUCGGCCUUCUGGCGUACAGAGAUUACUGUCAUGGCGACAGAAUCCUCGAGUGGUCAGGAUGGGCCACUCCUGCUAACGAUGAGGUCGAACCAGAUCUCGUUCAGAUGGCUAGCAAAUUGGAUGCUCUUAGGGGCCAUGAUUGGCCUGAAGCAGUCAAAACCGGUCUUGCCAAGGCUUAUGAGGUGAUGAGGACCGACGCAACGACCCUCAUCCUAUAUUACGCAGAUGCUCCUCCACACAUGGCGAGGGAUGAAGGUAGAGGCUCAGUGAAUUAUGGUAACGAGCAAACGGCUCUCCGCAAGCCACAAAGUUUCGGCGGCUACGGGCCACGAUUUGCAGAUUGGGCAUCUGCAGCAAGAGUACGGAGA